AUCUGACCCAGCUACGCGUCCGCCAUGCCCGUAACGACUGUGUCCAUUAGCAAGCACACCACUGCGUCUCUUCCCCGGCCUCAUGUGCUGUACAUUGUAGAUGUGAAGGAGGGAAACAGGAGCUAUGCGGUUACCAGACGUUACUCAGAGUUCGUAGCGUUACACAGUCAGCUGGGUGACCCAUUUACGCUUCCUCCCAAGCGUCUCCUGGUUACCACUUUCUUGCCCUCUGCAUGGGUGGAUGACCAGCUUAUCGCCGAGCGCAAGGCCGGGCUCGCAAAGUACCUGGCUGACCUGCUGUCGGAAGAGUCAUUUCGAUCGGACCCAGCGUUGCUGAACUUCCUGUCAGCCACCGGGUCCGGGAGUACAAGAGCCUUCGAUCUCGAGGAUGCCCUCCCAUCCACCUUGCCUCGCAAAGCUGCCAUGGUUCUACUCGGAAACGUCGAAGCUAAAGCGACUACCCCCAUUGCUGCCGCUUACUACCCGGACUGGGUGGGUGACAGCAACCCGCCAGAGAAUCUCGACUACUCCAAGUUCGACAUUCUCUUGUUUGCCUUUGCGACCCCCAACUCGUCCUCGACUAUUUCAUGGGACAGUGGUGCCACGAGCCUCUUGAAACGUCUCGUGUCAGCCGCCAACAACAGUGGUCAUGGAACGAAAGUAGUGCUCUCCAUCGGAGGGUGGGGUGGCAGCUACUGGUUCUCCAACGCGAUGAGCUCUUCAUCGAACAGGACCUCGUUCGUCAAUGCUUGCGUGAGCGCGGUCAACACGUAUGGUCUGGCUGGAAUCGACAUUGAUUGGGAAUAUCCCAACGAAUCCGGCGCCGGGAACCCCUACUCCGCGUCGGAUGCAGCAAACCUGCUCAGUUUCUUCCAACAGCUCCGCUCCUCGCUCGGUUCGUCCAAGAUCAUCUCUGCGGCUGUCACCCAGCAGCCCUGGAUCGGCUCGAACGGGAGUCCGCUCAGUAACGUGAGCGCGUACGCGUCGGUCAUGACCUACGUCAACAUCAUGAAUUACGACGUUUUCGGCGCGUCAUCCAACCCAGGCCCCAACGCGCCCCUCGGGAACCUCUGCAGUACCUCCUCCCAGCCCCAAGCCUCGGCUGAGGCCGCGUUCUCGGCGUGGACGAAGGCAGGCAUGCCCGCGAGCAAGCUCCUGCUCGGGCUCCCGCUGUACGGGUACGUAUCGAAGAGCACCGCGACCCACCUCUACGGCACGUACAAGCGCCCGGGCAAAUCCAUCAUGCGCCCGUCAGAAGAGGAAGAGGGGGAGGUGAAGUUGAACGCCCUUGCCGGAGAGCACGCAAGGUACAAGGGGAAGAAUAGGGCGAAGGAGCCCAUGGUGUCGGCCAAGGCUGCGGGUGACCUGAGCUCGUAUUACGGGCAGCAGAUCGCGUUCAACCAGAUUGUGGCCCUUGGUGCGUUACAGAAACAGUCGAACGGGACGUACACUGGCGCAAAUGGGUAUACUAUGGGAUGGGACGACUGCAGCGAUACUCCGUUCUUGUUCAAUACGUCGCGCUCUACCGUGGUCACCUAUGACGAUACGUACUCCCUUGGCGACAAAGCUGCGUACGCGAAGCAGCAGGGGAUGGCGGGCUGCUUCACAUGGUCGCUCGACCAGGACGAUGGGUAUACCUUGCAGAACGUUAUCCGGUCCAAUCUGGGGAAGUAG